GCUUUGGAUUGUUUGUGCAGUUUAUGGUAUUUGCAUGUUCGGAUUCCCGAGUUUGCCCAUCUCACGUCUUGAAUUUCCAACCGGGGGAGGCCUUUGUGGUCAGAAAUAUUGCAAACAUGGUGCCUCCUUAUGACAAGAAAAGACACUCCGGAGUGGGUGCUGCCAUUGAAUACGCGGUUCUACAUCUAAAGGUGGAGAAUAUUGUGGUGAUAGGACACAGCUGCUGUGGUGGAAUAAAGGGACUCAUGUCUAUCGAAGAUGAUGCAGCCCCCACAAAAAGUGACUUCAUAGAAAACUGGGUGAAGAUAUGCGCACCGGCGAAGAACAAGAUCAAGCAAGAACUGACAGAGAUGAGCUUCGACGAACAGUGCACAAACUGCGAGAAGGAAGCGGUGAACGUGUCGCUGGGGAAUCUGCUGUCGUAUCCAUUCGUGAGGGAAGGAGUGGUAAAGAACACUCUCUCCAUAAGAGGCGCUCACUACGACUUCGUCAAUGGCACUUUUGAGCUCUGGGAGCUCGACUUCAAGACCACCCCUGCCUUUGCCUUUUAAUCCCUCUCUCCCCCCCCUUCCAUUGUCCCAUUUGCUUAUUUCUCUUUCAAAAUGAACCCAAAAUUUAUUAUGUAAGCAACUCUGUUUUCAAUUUCAUGUUCAGACUAUUGUUCGGA